AUGACACCGUACUCUUCCCGCUAUGCCAGUCAGCAGGAGAUCUCCAAAUUCAAGAUCCCCAAGGAGGGAGCUCCUGCAGAUGCUGUCUUUCAGAUGCUGAAAGACGAGUUGGACUUGGAUGGUAGGCCGAAUUUGAACUUGGCCAGCUUCGUUGGCACCUAUAUGGAGCGUGAAGCAGAAGCCCUAAUGGUGGAGAAUUUGUCCAAAAACAUGAGUGAUGCCGAUGAGUAUCCCGCCAUGAUGGUUUCAAUUAUUUCCCAUCUCUGGGGUGUGCAAAAAGGCGAAACCGCCAUUGGUUCUGCCACGACCGGUUCUUCCGAGGCAAUUCAUCUUGGCGGUCUUGCCAUGAAGAGAAGAUGGCAGGAAAAGCGUGAUGCAGAGGGCAAGGACAAAACGAAGCCAAACAUCAUCAUGGGCUCCAAUGCUCAAGUAGCUUUGGAGAAGUUUGCUCGUUACUUUGAGGUCGAAGCUAGAAUUCUGGAUGUCAGCGAGAAGAGCAAGUACAGACUCGACCCUGAGCUUGUGAAGAAGAACAUUGAUGAAAACACUAUCGGGGUGUUUGUGAUCAUGGGUAGCACGUACACCGGUCACUACGAACCAGUGGAAGAGAUCUCGAAGAUCUUGGAUGAGUACGAGGAAAAGACUGGGAAUGAUAUCCCUAUUCAUGUCGAUGCUGCCAGUGGAGGUUUCAUAGCUCCGUUCACACAUGCUCAUGCUGGUGGACCAAAGUGGAACUUUGCGCUCCCUCGUGUCAAGUCAAUCAACACUUCUGGUCAUAAAUUUGGUCUCGUAUAUGCAGGUGUUGGCUGGAUCAUCUGGCGAGACGAGUCGUAUCUUCCCAGGCACUUAAUCUUCGAGCUGCACUAUCUUGGCGGCACAGAAGAGUCAUAUACCCUCAACUUCUCUCGCCCAGGUGCUCAAAUCAUCGCUCAGUACUAUAAUCUUAUUCACCUUGGCUUCGACGGGUUCAGAGCCAUCAUGGAGAACUGCCUUUCCAAUGCCCGUCUCCUGAGCAAGUCCCUUGAAGCUACUGGCUGGUAUACCUGCGUUUCCGACAUCCAUCGUAAGAAUAAGGAUGGUUUCAACGAAGAGAACGAGACCAGCGCGGAUUACAUUGCGGGCCUCCCGGUUGUUGCUUUCCGCUUGUCCGAUGCCUUCAAAAAGGACUAUAGCCACGUCAAGCAAGAGAGCAUUAGCACUCUCCUGCGUGUCAAGCAGUACAUCAUUCCCAAUUAUCCACUUCCGCCCAAGGAGGAAAAAACGGAGAUUUUGCGUGUUGUUGUCCGCGAGAGCAUGUCACUGGACCUUCUCGACCGGCUGAUUACCGAUAUUAUCGCCGUCACCGAGCAAUUGAUGAACGCUGAUCCCAUGGAUUUGUCGGCCUUCCAGCCCGGUGCAACGACCAUUGAAAAACAGCAUCAAAGCAAAGGUGUCGACCACGUUAACAAGCACAAGGCGCACAGACCAAUGAGCAAGGGCGUUCACCUAUCUGAGAUGGUUGAGUGA